AUGGAAACAUUUCUCAGGGCCAGAGCGGAAAGCAAGUCGAGCAAAGAUGGCUGUCCAGAUAUCUCCCUCGCCGAGAACGCGACAAAGCCCUUGUUCGGCAACACGUCCUUUUACAAGUUCAACAUAAUCUUGUCGGGCAGCUUUACCGCCGCGUCCUGUCUCAUCAUCUUCAUCCUGAUGUUUCUCCACGCGACGCACCUCAGCAAGAGGAACGAGCAGAUCAAGAUCCUGCGUAUCUCGCUCAUCAUCCCGUUCUGGUCCAUCAUCUCCUUCCUUUCCAUCUGUUUCCCGUCGGCCGAGGUGUACCUCCACCCGUGGCUCGAGUCUGUCCAGUCCAUCUGCCUGGGCACCUUUUUCCUGCUGCUGUGCGAGUUCGUCUCGCCAAGCGCGCAGCACAGGGACGUCUUCUUCGCCGCGCUCACGGUGAAGAACCAGAAGGCGGCGGACGGGGAGCAGAACGGUCUAGAGUGGUUCAGGAAAAUGUGGUUCGCCGUCUUCCAGUAUCCCGUCGUUGCUCUGCUGGUGGCCAUCUUGACGGCCAUCACACAAGCGGCGGGGGUCUACUGCGAGUUUGCAAGCAAAGCACACUUUGCCAAACUUUGGGUGAACCCGAAGCUGUCCAUCAUAAACAACGUAUCGCUCACGUUGGCCAUUAUGACGGUCAUCCGCUUCUUCAUGCAGCUGAAGUCCCAGCUGGCGCACCACCAGCCCGUCGCCAAGUUUCUCUCGUUCAAGUUGGUCGUGUCCCUGACCUUUAUCGAAAACAUCAUCUUCUGGAUCAUUCGCGACGUCGGCGCUCUGAGCCCGACCCCGACGCUGACGAAUGCGGACCUCCGUAUCGGCAUCCCGUCCAUGCUCGUCUGCCUCGAGAUGCUCCCGCUGGCCGUCUUCUUCCAUUACGCCUACUCGCACCGCCCGUACGUCAUUGGAGGCGGCGGUGCCCGCCCGCCGCUCGCCGGCGACCUCGAGGCAUACGAGCCCCGGACGUACUCGGACGGGCCCGCCGUACUGUGGGCGCUGGUCGAGAUGUGGAAUCCGGCGGAGAUCAUCGAGGCCAUCCGGUUCGGGCUACGGAUGAAGGCCGAGGAGCGAAAGCAGCGGAGGUCUCGGAAGGGCGGGCAGAGCGCGGCGUCUCGGUAA